UAGAAAGAUUCAUUGUAUGCUGAAAUAUUCAUUAAAUAAUAUGUUGUGCAUAGAUUUACAGUUAUAUUAUAAAUUGAAUGGAUAAAAAAAGGAUAGUCUUGUCCUUCUGUUGAUAAACUUAACAAAUAUCAGAUUGUUACAAUGGAUGUUGGCAUUGUCAAAAUUGCAGAGGAUAAAGAUUUCGAGAAACUGAAGCAGCUGUAUGAUGAUAAUAACAAUUGGAAAUUAGAUUAUAAUAAGCCUGAUUUGUCUGUUUGGACAAAAUCCGUCCCAGGAAUUAGUUUUAAAAUGGUGAAAGUGAGUUCUUUAUCGAUUAGAACGCGGUUCUCCGAUGUUUCACCAGAAACACUAUACGACGUGUUACAUGAUCCUGAAUAUAGAAAAGUUUGGGACACUCAUAUGAUUGAGUCAAAAGAUAUAGGAUUUUUUAAUCCAAACAACGAUAUUGGAUAUUAUUCCAUGGCAUGUCCAUCUCCAUUAAAAAAUAGAGACUUUGUUCUUCAACGAUCUUGGUUGGAUACUGGUAUAGAACAGUUGAUAUUGAAUCAUUCCGUUUAUCAUAAAGAUUAUUCACCUAGAAAACAUUUUGUACGAGCAACAUCUUACCUCACAGGCUAUAUUGUAAGACCUUCGCGCAAUGGAGACGGUUCCGAGUUGGGAUAUGUAUCGCACACGGAUCCACAUGGCAAAUUACCUGUGUGGCUUGUUAAUAAAGUUACACAAAUAUUUGCCCCUAAAAUGGUAAAAAGAUUGCAUAAAGCCUCUGUGGGCUAUCCAAGCUGGAAAAUACUUAAUAAUCCAAAUUAUAAGCCUUGGCAUUAUCCUGAACAAAUAAUGGCUCCUAGAAUACGUAUCGAAGAAUGCGUAAAGUCUGCAGAAGAGAAGAAUUCAAAAUAUAAUUAUGUAGACGAAUCUGAUUUAAAGGAAAGUUUGGUUAAAGAAUCUGCCACAAUGGAUAGCGAUUAAUUCAUAACGAUACACUAGAGACUUGAAGAUUUUUAGGUAAGUAGGAUAAUAGUGGCUAGAAUAAUAAAAAAAAAACGGUAUAAUAUGAGUUUUAACAGUAUUAUAGUAUGUUAAAUGCAGCGAAUUAAAAUGUAACGGACAAUUUGUACAAUUAUUAAAGUUCAAUUUACAUAUUUCUUACAUAAUAAAUUCUAAUUACACACA